UCCACAACCGCAACCGCGACGAACCGCUCGAGCGGUAGAGAGAUCGAGAGAGGGAGAGGGAAGGAGUUCGCGGCCGCCAUGGCGAGGAGCAGCGGCAGGGGGAACGAGGAGGAGGAGGCGGCGGCGGAGGAGUCGGUGGAGCGGGUGUUCGAGGGGCGGGUGGUGCCGGAGUGGAAGGAGCAGGUGACGGUGCGGGCGCUGGCGGUGAGCGCGGUGCUGGGCGCCAUGUUCAGCGUCAUCGUGAUGAAGCUCAACCUCACGACGGGGAUCAUCCCGUCGCUCAACGUCUCGGCGGGGCUCCUCGGCUUCUUCCUCCUCACGUCGUGGACCAAGCUGCUCCACAAGGCCGGCGUCGCCGGCGUCCGCCCCUUCACCCGCCAGGAGAACACCGUCGUCCAGACCUGCGUCGUCGCCUGCUCCGGCAUCGCCUUCAGCGGGGGUUUUGGCAGCUACAUAUUCGCGAUGAGCGACAGGAUCAGUGAUCAGUCAGGCGAGGUCAGGGACGAGCACAACAUCAAGAACCCCAGCUUGAGCUGGAUGAUUGGGUUCCUCUUCAUCGUCAGCUUCCUUGGCCUCUUCUCCGUAGUGCCGCUCAGGAAGAUAAUGAUCAUCGAUUACAAGCUCAUCUACCCGAGUGGCACUGCGACUGCACAUCUCAUCAACAGCUUCCACACUCCCCAGGGAGCGAAGCUCGCGAAGAUGCAGGUCAAAACGCUAGGCAAAUUCUUCGUGAUGAGCUUCUCCUGGGGCUUCUUUCAAUGGUUCUACACCGGCGGCGACGGUUGCGGAUUCAUGUCGUUCCCGACGCUGGGCCUCGAGGCCUACAGAAACAAGUUCUUCUUCGAUUUCUCGGCGACGUACGUCGGCGUCGGGAUGAUCUGCCCUUACCUCGUCAACAUCUCCGUUCUCCUCGGAGGCGUCAUCUCCUGGGGAAUCAUGUGGCCCCUCAUCGAGCAGAAGAAGGGCGACUGGUAUCCUGCCGACCUAAAGCCCAGCAGCCUCCGCGGCAUCGUCGGCUACCGGGUGUUCAUCUCGAUUGCCCUUAUUCUCGGUGACGGCCUGUACAACUUUCUGAAGGUUAUGACAAGGACCACGACGGCGCUGGUGAUGCAGGUGCGCGCGUCGAUGUCGGGGCCGACACUGCCGAUCUCGGGUGGCAACGGCGCCGGCGGCGGUGGCGACGGGCAGACGCCGGAGGAGACGUUCGACGACAAGCGGCGCACGGAGGUGUUCCUGAAGGACCAGAUACCCAACUGGAUGGCGCUGGGCACGUACGUGGUGAUCGCGGCGGUGUCGAUCGCGACGGUGCCGCGCAUCUUCUACCAGCUCAGGUGGUACCACGUGGCGGUGACGUACGUGGUGGCGCCGGUGCUGGCGUUCUGCAACGCGUACGGCUGCGGGCUGACGGACUGGUCGCUGGCGACGACGUACGGCAAGCUGGCCAUCUUCACGGUGGGCGCGUGGGCGGACGCGUCGGACGGCGGCAUCAUCGCCGGGCUGGCGGCGUGCGGCGUGAUGAUCGGCAUCGUGUCGACGGCGUCGGACCUUACGCAGGACUUCAAGACCGGGUACAUGACGCUGGCGUCGCCGCGCUCCAUGUUCGUGAGCCAGGUGAUCGGGACGGCGAUGGGGUGCGUGAUCGCGCCGUCGGUGUUCUGGCUCUUCUACAAGGCGUUCCACGACAUCGGCAUGCCGGGGUCGGAGUACCCGUCGCCGAACGCGCUGGUGUACCGGAACAUGGCGAUCCUGGGGGUGCAGGGCCUCGGCUCGCUGCCCAAGCACUGCCUCGACCUCUGCAUCGGCUUCUUCGUCGCCGCCAUCGCCGUCAACCUCGCCAGGGACCUCGCGGGGCCGAAGGUGGCGAGGUUCGUGCCGCUGCCGAUGGCCAUGGCGAUCCCGUUCUACCUCGGCCCCUACUUCGGCAUCGACAUGUGCAUCGGCAGCCUGGUCCGCUUGGUGUGGGACCGCCUCGACAGCGCCAGGGCCAAGGCGUUCGCGCCCCCCGUCGCCUCCGGCCUCAUCUGCGGCGACGGCAUCUGGACGCUGCCGCAGUCGGUGCUCGCCCUCGCCGGCGUCAAGCCGCCCAUCUGCAUGAAGUUCCUCGCGCGGGGCACCAACGUCAAGGUCGACGAGUUCCUCGCCACGCUCCCUUCCUCCUCCUAGCUCUUAGCCACUACGUACUCCACCAUGCAUGCAGCUGACGAGUGACGAGCUAGCUUAGCUAUGUAUCCAUCUAGCUAGCUGAUGACCACUCAACCAUGGCAGCAUGCACGCAUAUAUAGCUAGCUGUAGCACAUACAUUAAUGUACUAUCUAGAGUGUAGCCUCCUCGUGUCUUGCUUCCUUUUAGAAACAGAUGCUCGUUGCAUGUGAGUAUGUGACACAUAAAUAGCUACCGAUUGAUCAACUCGUACGCACUACUAGUCUACUUCUAAUUAUCUGGACCAUCAAUAUUAUGGCAGUCCCAAUGAUACAUUAUGAUGGUUUCUGUCCUAAUUAAAUAU